AUGAAUUUAUUAUAUAAUGAAGAAGAAAAUAAUCUUGAAAUAUUUGCUAAAUAUCAAAAUUUUGAUUUCGAUCUUAACGAUUCAAAUGACAUUCCAUGCGAACAAUGGGUAAAUGAAUAUCUUCAUGCUAAAUAUCAUGAUAAAAUUCAAUUGAAUGAUAUAGAAAUCAUAUGGUUUAAUGAAAAAUUAGAACAAGAAAAAUCAUAUGAUUUUAUUUUAAAAAAUCUUAAAAUGAAUAUAAUAACAGAUAUUGAAGUAAAAAAUACUUUGAGUAAUAAUCGUCAGUUAAUACCAAUAAUAUAUAAUGAAUUACAAUUAUGUAUUGUUGAAAAUCUUGAAGAAAAAUUACAUAAACAUGAUUUAGAAUUGUUUUUGUUAAUUUGA